AUGAGUGAAACUCCACCUGCUGGGGGUCGGCGUUCGCCACACAGGCAUGUACAUUAUGACCCAAAGAAACUCAAAAUAAUUCCUGGUGCUGUUUCUUCUAUACAAACGUCUGAUACACCCCCAGAGCAUCCGAAUAUUAUUCGUAUGUACGGAUACUUUUACGAUGAAAAGCGCAUAUAUUAUAUGCUCGAAUAUGCUCCAAAAGGGGAUCUGUGCAAAGAAAUGGAGAAGUUUCAUUUCAAUCUCACUAGAACAGCAACUUAUGUUAAUCAGAUUGCAAAUGCUUUAAAAUAUUGCCAUGAAUUUGGUAUAAUUCAUCGAGAUGUCAAUCCCUCGAAUCUCUUUCUGGGUGCUGGUGGAGAAGUUAAAAUGGGCGAUUUCGGUUGUGCGGUGCAUACCCCCGGAUCUAAACUUGUGGCAGUUUGGGGAACAUUGUUUUACCUCGCACCAGAAAUGACUUCAGUUGAUUUUUCCCAUGAUGCAAAAUGCGAUGUUUGGAGUUUGGGAAUCACGGCUUAUGAAAUGCUUUGCAGAAAGGUGCCUUUUAAGAAAUCCACAGAACAGGAGACGUUGCUCUCCAUUCAGAAUGAUGAUAUCGAUUAUACUUUAAUCGAGUCUACGAAUGCCGUUCGUUUUCUUAAAAGGGUAUGCUUUAUCAACUCUUUUUCUUAUGCUGAAUUUGCUUGA